AUGUGCGAAGCAUGUGCGAAGAACAAACGAGCACGACGUGCUUAUGGAGAAUCUGCUCCACGUGAUGCUACGGCGAUGCCCUGGCAAGAAGUUCAUUGUGACACAAUCGGUCCGUGGAAGAUUGAGUUACAACAACGGACGUUGACCUUCAACGCUAUGACUAUGGUGGAUCCUUGCACAAACUUGUUAGAGAUUGUGCCUAUCAUGCGACGCACGUCGGAAGAAGGUGCCCGAGUGGUCGAAGAUACGUGGUUUGCUCGGUAUCCUCGACCCAAGAAAGUGGUUACGGACAACGGUCUGGAGUUCAAACUGGAAUUCAUUGCGAUGGUGAAAAAGAAUGGUGCAGUGCAUCGCUACUCGUCCCCUCGUAAUCCACAAGGUAACUCGAUGAUUGAACGGACUCAUCAGGCAAUUGGUCAAGUAUUGCGAACCAUUGUGGUCUCGCGUGAUCCUAAAAGUGUUGCUGAUGGAAUCAAUGUCAUUUCCGAAACCUUGGCGACAGCGAUGCAUGCUCAUCGUUGUUCCGUGCAGAACAUCCUGGCCGUGCAACAACAUCGUCAAUCCUUGGUUGACAAACGUUUGCUGCGGGCCAAUGCUAAACGCAUUUCCUAUGACUACGCGGUCGAUGACCUGGUCUACAAGCGUGCGUAUCUCGGUCUCAGUGAUAAGUUGAAGCCUACGGCUAAUGGUCCCUACCGUGUUUCCCGCGUUCAUACCAAUGGCAACGUAACGAUUCAGCUCAGUCCUCAUCAGUUCGAGCGACUGAACAUUCGUCGCGUGUUUCCAAAGCAUCCAGUACCUCCGGUUGCCACCGGUACGGGUUAUUGA